CACUCACUCACUCCCUCCCUCCCUCCACAUGGGGCUGAAGUGUCACUGGUGAUCUCCUCUGCUCGUCAUGGAUCAGAUGUUGUCCACAGCUCAGCAGAUGCUGCAGGACAGUCGCUCCAAGAUCGAGCUGAUCCGACUGCAGAUUAUCAAAGUGGCUCAGGCUGGAGGCGGCAGCAGCAGCAGCAGCAGCAGCAGCAGCAGCAGCAGCAGCAGCGGUGGUGAUGGAGAUGGAGGUGGAGACAACAACAGCUCCACUAACAGAGAGGUUCCUCCGGUGAGCAUCAGUCCUGCUGGCGCUCGUCUGGCAGAGCUGCAGCACCACGUCCAGAGAGAGACGGACGCUCUGGUGUUGGCCAAAGAUGUGGUCAAGCAGCUGGAGGGAAUCUCCUCCCUGGACCAGAAGGCACUGACCGAGGCUCAGUCACGGGUGCUCGACUCCUCCCAGAAACUGGACCUCCUGCGCCUGUCGCUUGACAAACGUCUGAAAGACACGAGCCACACAGAGCCUCCACAGCAGCAGCAGCCAGCAGGGGGCGCCGACCCUUCAGAGGAACCCUUGACCUCCCAGAUCAACAGACCUGAGUGUCCUUUGUCCACCUUCUCCAUGAGACCUGCAUCCUUAACUGGUAAACUUGAAGUCCGGCUUCUGGGAUGUGAGGACUUACUGUCAGACAUAGCGCAGGACAAAUGUCCAACAAAGGACAGUCCACCAGCUGCUCACAGGACAGAUGGACAUCAAGCAGAGGUCGCUGCUGUCCUCAGGCUGGACGGCAGGCCGGUGGGCCGGACUCGGUGGGCAGCGGUCAGCAGACAGAGCUGGGACCAGGUGUUCUUUAUUCAGCUGGAGCGGUCUCGAGAGCUGGAGGUGGGAGUCUUCUGGAGGGACAGGAGAGAGAUGUGUGCCGUCAAGUUCCUGCGACUGGAAGAGAUGAUGGACAAACAGAACCAGAACCAGAACCUGGGUCUGAGUCUGGAGCCACAGGGUCUCCUCUAUGCCAAGCUUGGGUUUGUUGACGCGGUGGUGGAGCGUCAGCCCAAACUGAGACGUCAGCGCUGCAUCUUCACUAAAGAACGAGGGAAGAACUUCCUCAGAGCUGCUCAGAUGAACAUGAACUUUGCCACCUGGGGUCACCUGAUGAUGAACAUCCUCCCUCGCUACACCUCCUUCACCACGUUCAGCUCCACCCUGUGCACGACCCCCGACCUUUCCACCAACAACACACAGCGAGCCACGGACAAGGAGUCGCACAUCGCCACUGCACUGCCAAGUGACACGCCCGUCAUCAGACUCACUGACAUCACUGAGGAACAGGCUCCGCCCACCAGCCUCACCGACAGAGACGAGCCGCCACCCACCAUCAUGGUGACAGAUGACAUGCCCUCCUCUGUGCCUGCACUGCUGCAACAACAACAACAACAACAUUUUCAGUCGUCCAUAAACACAGAGAGAAGUGAAGAUCAGUCGGUUUCUGCGCUCAAGACGCACGUGGAAGAUUUCAAAUACAUCUCAGUUCUGGGCAGAGGUCACUUUGGGAAGGUCCUGCUGGCCGAGUUUAAGAAGACGGGGAAACUUUACGCCAUCAAGGCUUUGAAGAAACGAGACAUCGUGACCCGUGAUGAAGUGGACAGUCUCAUGAGCGAGAAGAGGAUCUUUGAGAUGAUCAACGCGUCCCGACACCCGUUCCUGGUCAACCUGCACGGCUGCUUCCAGACCAGCGACCACGUCUGCUUCGUCAUGGAGUAUUUACCAGGCGGUGACCUCAUGAUCCACAUCCACAACCACGUGUUCAGCGAGGCCCAGACCAGGUUCUACUCGGCGUGCGUCGUGCUGGGAUUAGAGUUCCUUCACCUGAAUAAAAUCAUCUAUCGAGACCUGAAGCUGGACAACCUGCUGAUGGACGCAGACGGUUUUGUGAAGAUCACAGACUUUGGACUUUGUAAAGAAGGAAUGGGUUACGGGGAUCGAACCUCGACCUUCUGCGGGACUCCAGAGUUUCUGGCCCCUGAGGUUCUGACCGAUGACAACUACACCCGGGCUGUGGACUGGUGGGGGAUGGGCGUCCUCAUCUAUGAGAUGCUCGUGGGCGAAUCUCCGUUUCCUGGCGACGACGAGGAGGAAGUGUUCGACAGCAUCGUCAACGACGACGUGCAGUAUCCUCCUGCACUUCCUCCUGAUGCUGUCACCAUCAUCCAGAAGCUGCUGAAGAGAAAUCCUCUGAAAAGACUCGGAGCUGGAGAACGAGACGCUAACGAGGUGAAAGGAGAGAAAUUCUUUGAGACGAUCGACUGGGAAGCUCUGCUCGCCAAGAAAGUCACGCCGCCGUUUCUCCCGUCCAUCGCAGAGCCCGUCGACGUCAGCAACUUUGACAGCGAGUUCACGUGUCUGAAGCCGAUCCUGUCGCCGCCCUGCAAACCCUGCAUUCUCUCCGCCCAACAGCAGGAGGCGUUCGCCGACUUUGACUUCUGUGCGCUGCACGGAUGACACGACGGCGGCGGCGCCACCAGACUGAAACAGACGACUGUCGACAGGUAAACAAGCGUGACCAACCAACCAACCAACAACCCAACCAACCAACCAACCAACCAACCAACCAACCAACCAACCAACCAACCAACAAACAACAUUUAUUAACAUUUAUCGUUAGCACUGAUUAACAAACCUUCAGAUUACACUUUAGUGCUGGAUCACGUCGUCAUGUGGAGAAGGACAAAUGUCUCCGGCCCGUGUCCCCGCCCUCGUCUUCACACAGGAAGCUGCGUAUGAACCAGAGACAGAGGCAGAGACGAGGAGAGACAGAGAGAGAGAGAGACAGAGAGAGAG